AUGGACAACACUGGAUUGUCACCAUUAUCAACAACCAAGUCAGAUGUCACCUUUCACCCAAAUAGUACUAAUAUCGCUAAACGCUGCAAGCAAGCCAACGAGACUGCCACCAAACAGCUCAGCUUAGACAUGAUGAAACUGAAUCUGGAACAACGGAAAGCAUGUCAACGCGUGGAGAAAGAGCGAGACCUAUUUUGCCAAGAGUUUUUGGAGGUCGGUGAUUCUGGAAUGUACAGACGAAAAUUGUCCGAAACCACUAGACCACGAUAUUUGCAACGUGCGCAAAGGUCGAAAACAAUUGAUCUGCGCCAGAUUCAAGGCUAUUCUCCCCUUAGAACUUCCUCCAAAGGCGCAUGUUUUACGUUCGACGACGUCUCCCAAGGCAUGCGAAGAACUGCCUCGCUCAAGGCAAGCACCUCAUCGGCGAGUCUGAGCUCUUUCCACUCGAAUUCGCCAGUGCUAAGCGAACGGCAGCAGCAGCAGCAACAACAACAGAAGACGGCACAGGGCGGUGGUGUGGGCGACAGGCGUACGUCCACUGAAGAAGCUCAGCCAGACUGGCAGGUGGCUUUGGCGCUUAGGCGGAAACACAAGUUAUCUCAACUACAAAUAUUUCGUGAACAGGGACACUGGGGUGAAGACGGGUGCAAGAAGGCAACUGCAAUGCUCUCCGGAUGCCCCUUCAAUCCAGUGUCUCCCGACUCAACUGCGCUGUCUCAUGCAAGCGAGUUAUUUAAUAAGACCGAAGGAAAUGAGAAUAUCGAGUAA